AUGUCUUCAUGGAAGCUCACAAAGGCACUUCGCGACCAGAUUUAUCGCUAUGCCACGGUGAAACAAACAGGAGUAUCUUUGAGACAGAUGGUUCAAUUUGGAUCGAAGCCAUCACCGGGAUCGCUUUUUCAUGCAUCGCACUUUGCCGUUCACGAAUUACCCAUUCGUCUAAGCCACCGGGUUAAGGAUUUAGAAACUCUUCCCAAUGGUUUAGCUAAAGAACCUGCCAUUCAGACUGUGCGAAAUUGGUAUGCACAGUCGUUUGAGGAGCUUACGUCACUUGAGGAGCCUGUGAUUAAAGACUUGGAGAUGGCCGAUAUCCUUUCUGGCGAAAAACAGUAUGAGGAGACUGCCAAGCGUCAGGUGUCAUCACAGGGGUCGAAGAGACCCUAUUUCUUUUCUGACGAUGGAAUUGUGAUCGAUAGGCGCAGUCAUGGCUCUGUGUCUGGUGGUGGUGGUGCCGCUGGUGCCUCUGGUGGUGUCUCUGAAGAUGAAAAUGAAGUGCACGACCUAAAUUCUGCUCAUCGUCACGUGUUAAUCCCAAGACCGCGAAGACAUUAUUACAUCCCUACACCAAAGGAUAUAGUGUAUCCUUCAGAAGUGGUGGAUUACAACAAGUUGGUAACCAAGGUUUUGACCAAGAUCAAAAGAAGGCAUGAUGCUACAGUGACGACCAUUGCUCGAGGAGUUCAGUCUUGGAAAAGAAAGAAGAACUUCACCUAUUUGGAUAACUCCGUUAAUCAAUUUCUAGACCGGUUCUAUCUCAGCCGAAUUGGUAUCCGUAUGCUCAUUGGCCAAACCAUUGCUCUUAAUCAGCAAGCUCAGGGAAACAUGUACAGUGAUGAUUACGUGGGAAUUAUUUGUUUACGUACUAACGUUAUGGAAGUCGCUCAGGAUGCCAUAGAUGCUGCCAGAUUUGCCUGUGAAGAGCAUUAUGACAUCAUGGAAGCACCUCCUGUACAGUUAUAUUGUCCGGAAGACUUGGAAUUUAUGUAUGUUCCGGGACAUUUGGUUCAUAUGCUCUUUGAAACUUUGAAAAAUUCACUCAGAGCUACCAUUGAGUUCCACCAAAGACUACAUCCUAACACCGCUAUCGAGGACAUUCACUAUCCUCCUGUCAAGAUCAUUGUGGCUGAAGGCUUGGAGGAUAUCACUGUAAAGGUCUCUGAUGAAGGUGGAGGAAUCCCUCGAUCAACUAUUCCUCUAGUUUGGACAUAUUUCUACACUUCUGCUGAGCAGAGGAUUGAAGAGUACGAGCCUACCUACUCCAGCGGUAGCUUUAAGCCUCCAUUUAUGGGUCUAGGAGUAGGUCUACCCCAUUCCAGAUUGUAUGCCCGAUAUUUUUCCGGUGAUCUUAAAUUGAUUAGUAUGGAGGGUUAUGGAACCGAUGUUUAUUUGCAUUUAAAUAGGCUUAGCAGCUCUUCCGAGCCGCUACAGUGA